AUGACGAAGGAGGGAGAUUCGGCAAACGAUCACCCUGAAGUUGGUUCCUUUGGGGUGCACCUGGAUAGGCUCAAGUUGGAGUUGUCCUACAUUAAUCAAGGGAUUCAAUCUUAUAUACUGGGGCAGAGAAUCAAUGGAAAUUGGGGGGCUGAAAGAUAUGAUGUUGAGGAGGAAGUUGAUGAAAAAACACAAUCCGAUUAUCCUGAUUAUGAUGGAGAAAGUUAUUCAGUGAUUAAUUACACAGAUGAGGAGGAUAAUGCUCAAUCUCUUAUUCAAUGUCCUUUCUGUGAUUUUGAGAUUGAUUUUUCAUUGGAAGAGAUGCAUUACUAUGACCCACAAAAUAUGCUUUGUCCUAUGUGUGAUGAAGAAUUAGGUGAGGAUGCAAUCAGGGUUGCACAGCAUUCAAGCUCAUGGAAGCAAACUUGGAAGAGUGACAAAUCUAGCGUCUCGUCUGAUAAUUCGGUAGUGCUGGACAAGAAACUUCAUGCUAGGGGAAGCAAACAUGAACCAAUGCCUGAUCCAAUUUUGCCACCGAAUGUCUGCGAUGCAUCUGUUCCAAACUCCAGCAGUUUCCAUCCUGGUGAAGGUUCCUCCUACAAUACCUCAGACAUUUCCAAUGCAAAAAGCACUGGAACAGAUGCAGCACCGGAUAUGGUAGGUGAUGCGCAGGAUAACGAAGAGAGAAAGAUGAGGGCAUGUUUUGUUCAAGAAUUGGUAUUAUCUACCUUAUUCUGA